CAUCCGCAUCUAGAAGUGGGAAGGCUCCAAGUAUAGCCUGAACCCUUUUGCGGAUUUCUUUUGAUAGUUUCCCUUGUUGAAUUGUGGCAAAUCAAGUUUAAGCUUCCUCGCGUUUUCCGCUCUAAGAUACGAACUUGAAGUGGAUAUAAUUCAGUGAAAAUUUUCAUUUCCGUUGACCAUGAAAAUCUGGUGAAAGUGGAAUGUGGAGUGUUUUAGAAAGUUACUUGCGAGGGUGAUAUUCUAUCAGGAAAAGUGGACGCGGAAGCAGAAGGUUGCAACGCCCCCUCGAAUUUCCGUGCUCCUGUGAAAACGACAUAAAAACUCCUGGGCGAAGGAUCAAUCAUUCUCACAUCCUAGAUUCCUACCUGGUUACAGUUGUGCCUGCUUCUUCAGCACAUAGUAAGCCAUCAUAAUAAGGAAAUAUGAUUUGUGAUACUAAGAAAAUUAAUAAAUGUUUUAUUCCCGCUCGGCAGUACUGAAGUACUUCGCGUGAAUUUGUGUCGGCGCGGGCUAGAUUAAGUGAUUGCGUGAAACUAGGCAAGUGAAGUGUGAGCAGUGAGUGAAGUUUGAUUUGUGCAAGGAUAUGCAUCUGCAUUUCGAGAAGAACGUCAACACAAAAUGCGAUUGUUCAAUUUUAUCGCUGUCGUGGAUGGGAAAGGUCCCUGACGAUAUACCAGAGGAUGAAGGCUGGAAACUCAACCGAACAAAUUAUUACCAAGAAGGAUGGCUAGCGACCGGUAACAUUCGCGGAAUCGUUGGCGUGACAUUCACAACAUCACAUUGCAAGAAAAACAUGGAAUAUCCACUUAGAACCAACUACAACCUCCGUGGUCACCGCUCUGAUGUUAUUCUAGUGAAAUGGAAUGAACCCUAUCAAAAGCUAGCGUCAUGUGAUAGUUCCGGUAUAAUAUUUGUUUGGAUUAAGUACGAAGGACGUUGGUCAAUUGAACUUAUCAAUGAUCGGAAUACGCCUGUCACGCAUUUUUCAUGGUCGCACGACGGUCGCAUGGCACUCAUUUGCUACCAGGACGGAUUCGUUCUUGUGGGGUCGGUAGCCGGUCAGCGCUAUUGGUCAUCAAUGCUUAAUUUAGAAUCAACCAUAACAUGUGGGAUUUGGACGCCUGACGACCAGCAAGUUUACUUCGGCACCACCCAAGGACAGGUCAUUGUUAUGGACGUUCAUGGUGCAAUGGUAUCGCAGGUACAAUUGUGCUCAGAUGUUGGAAUCACUUCAAUGGCGUGGUCUUGUGAAAAGUUCAAAAUGGAAGAGGGCGAGGAUACCGAACCAGGAGUUACGAAUGCUUCUAAACGCACAUUCGUUCUAGCUGUUUGCUUUCAAAAUGGAUACAUCUACUUGCUGAAAUCCUUUGACGACGUAUCUCCUGCUCACAUAAAUACCGGACUAAAUGGAGGUUACGGACUCGUUAUGGAAUGGAGCAAUUCUCGAGAAUUGCUGGCUGUAGCUGGAACAUCACAAUAUUCUAUGAACUCGUUGGAUUCUCAAGGGAGUCCAGUCUUUGAUAACCAACUGAAAUUUUAUACAGAAAAUGGGACGUUACUAUACUCAACGAGAAUACCAAACACGAAUACAACGGUAUCAGCUUUAACCUGGGGACACAAUGACAAGCGUCUGUUUAUAGCGACAGGAAAUCAAGUUCAUAUCGCAUGGGUUUCCCGUCGAGUAGCUUCUCUGCAACUUUUAUGCCGUCUACAGAUUCAAAGUAGCAUAGGAUCAGAGUUAACAUUACCCAUGUUGCCUUUGCCAUCAAGGAUAAAGUCCUUAAUAGGCAAUUUAUUUGCUCAAACUAUUCGGUGUUGUGUUCCGGACAGUAAAUAUCUACGAGAAUUCGUAUCACGUCCACCAAUUUGCUCUACACGGUUGCAUUGUACAAUGAUUCGGCAUGAUGAUGACGUAAAUUUAACGGCCGGAUCCUGCUACACUUUAUAUUUGGAGUAUUUAGGAGGUCUAGUACCAUUACUUAAGGGAAAACGAAUAUCAAAAAUACGUCCAGAAUUUGUUAUCUUCGAUCCACAGGUUGAAGAAGCGUCCGUUUUUUUACAAUUUUCGCCUGAUUCGAAAAGUUCUUCAGGUUCCAGUCAUUCCACUAUUGGCGCAGGAAGCGGUCGAACAGAUUCAUCUGACAGUGAUCUGGAUGAUCGAUGUCGUGGUUCGCCAAAAACUCCCCGUAAAAGAAAGCCACGUCAUAAAAGACGACACCAUAGUCAUGGUGAUAAAGUUGCUCAUAUUGAGAACGAAGUUGACGAAUUAGCUUAUGUCGAUACGCUUCCAGAGGAAGUAAAACUAGUUGAAGUAACCUCAAAUAUUUGGGGAACUAAAUUUAAAAUCCACGGACUUGCGAAAACCGUCCCAGCCAAUUUAGGUCAAGUUACAUAUAAAACAUCACUUCUACAUUUACAACCGCGACAGAUGACCUUAGUAAUAACCGAAUUGCGAGAUGAUUUCCCAACUGGACCGGAUCCUAAUUUCAAUCCAAAUGUUUUCUCUGAAGAUGAAGAAGAUCCAACCCUUCAAUGUAUAGAUAGUAAAGCCAGUUCACCGAUACAACGGCGUCUGAGUGAAAACUCCUCUCCGCCGAUUGCACCAAUGUCACCAAGGCCAAGCAGAUUUGCUCAACGUGGAAAAAGUAGUAGUAGUGGAACUACUUCGCGACUAGCAGAAACAAGUGGCCAAAGUCCUUUAGCCAGAGUUGAGUCAUAUGAUGAUGAAUCAGCUAAUGAAAGUGGUCAUGAGGAAAUAGUGAGUGCCAAUAAUAGCAAACCAAUCCGCCCAAAAAAUAUAGAGCCGCCAAUUUUGAAUACACCACGUCCUGGGCCAAGUUACACUAGUUUAGUUACUCAAUACAGUCGUUCGUCGUCCAAUUCAAGUGGUCAAUCCAGACAUGCGAUAUCACCACUUUGUUGUGAAGGGUCUGUACCGACUCUGCAAUCGCCCAAAAACGCGGUCGCUCCUAGUGAUAUUAUAUUUGAUAGACCACCAGCCGGACAAACCACUCUAAUGAGCUACUCAAGUAAUAGCGACUACGCAAACAAUAUGGUUCAAGUAAAAAAUGCUCUCAUGUCAGAUCAGUGCCGAACUACAAAUGCUCACGUCAAUCCUGUUCCACUAAAUCUUAACUUGAACCUCGAAAGAGUCGACCAUAAACACAAAGAAAAGCAAAAUUCAUCAAAAAAGAAAGACAUUCUUUACAUUGAUGAAGACACCCACUCUCCAGCAGGCAAUGGUGAAAUGAAAAUCAAACGGACUCCAACAGUGGCAUCCAUUGCACCAGCUUUACCAGAUUCAAUAACUAGAAGCUGUAGCGUGGGGUAUCUUGACUCUGUGGAAAUGGUACCAUCUGAUAUAGCCCUUUCUAUACUAAGGAAAGAUGCUCCGAACAAGAGGCUUGUUCUAGUGGAUAAGAAGCCUCACAAAAAGAGGAAGCAUCAUCAGGAAGACUUUCGAAAGCCAAAACUACAACAAAGUGGAAAGUCCAAAAGCUUAGACUCCUGCGAUUUACUCUCUCACCUAAAUUCAAAAUCAGCAAUAAAAGAUUCCGAAAAAGCUAUGCCUAAACUGCUAGAAAUUCAUGAGAGUCCGGCCAAACAGACGAACAAAAAACAAUGCAAAGCCUGCAAAAUAAACGAUUUAGGCUUAGAAAAAUGCAGCAAUUGCCAAUAUACUCAAACCUCAAUAUCUAGUUGUUUAGAUAGUUCAAAUAACAUAAUGAACGAAAAGUUAGAUAACUCAACGUCAUCUUCAUCGUCAUCAAUUUCAUAUAAUAAACGAUCGCCGGGAGUCAAAGUCCCACAUAACAACACAAAUGGUUCUUCGCUGCAGGACAGCAAAAGUAACAUCAACAACAACAACAUCCUCGAGUCCCUUUUAAUUUCAAAGCCACCGCAUGGUAAAUCACCCUCGAAGGCCCAAACCAACGGCACCUGCGAUCAAAAUCAUCACCAACGCAAGACUGAAUUUACCAGUUUUACAGACAGUCCAUUGUUCUCUAGGAAGCAUAGAUUCGGUAAUAAGAGUAGCAGUAACAAAUCCAAUAGUAAUAACGCCAGUAUAAAUAACAACGAGCCCAGCUCGAGUAGUAAACAAUAUAACAAUGGAAGUACAACAAACAAUACAAGUGAUAACCGUGGCUCGCCAAUCUUAGGUAGGAAAAGUGCUGAAAGCAGUGGCUUUAAUUUGGUUAAACAAUUGUCGGAGGUUCGCCGACGGAAAAAGGAGCAACAACAGCAACAAAAUAGUAACCGAAAUGGAUCAUCAACGCCACCGAAUUGCAGUAACGUAGUUGAAGUUACGCCAGUUGAAUCGAAAACAUCAGUCUCCUUGCAUACGCAAGCACUUACGACCCUUGAGAACAUAAUAAGUCGUCUUCGAGAUUUGGACGAAGGACGUUUCACACCACCAUCAUCACCCCAACGAUUACCUCGUAGUUCACCAGCAUCGCCAGCUCCUAGCAAGAAGGGUAAAAGACAUCAAAGUGCCUCGCCAAUUCGUCACAUUCUCAAUUCGCCAUUACUAAACCGACGAAAUCGUAAAAAGCAACCCAUUGAAAGUUCCGAUGACGAAGGACAAACCACAAAUGGUUCGGGUGAAGAGAGUACUUUGAAUAGCAAACAAUAUCGUGACUUGGAAACAUUCCAGAAAGCCCAACUAAGACAGAAGCUUAAACGUGGGAAAAUAGAACCUAAUGGAUCUCCAGCUAUUUCGGUUCCGGCACCGCAACGUCGAGAGUUUGUUAUGCACAAUAAAGCGCCAAUGUGGAAUGAAAAUAGUCAAGUGUACCAGUUAGAUUUUGGAGGCCGUGUUACUCAGGAAUCAGCCAAGAAUUUCCAAAUAGAAUUCCGAGGCAAACAGGUUAUGCAAUUCGGACGAAUCGAUGGGAAUGCUUAUACACUAGACUUCCAGUAUCCAUUUUCAGCUCUUCAAGCUUUCGCAGUUGCUCUAGCAAACGUAACGCAACGACUCAAGUAAGGUGUAGAAAGCGACAAAUUUCGCUAACGUGCAAGGUUCAAAAACUACCAACUUAAAUUAAGUGUAUAAUUGCUUAUUUUCGUAAAAGUGUCCAUCCAAAACUAUUACCAAAAACGAAUCAGCAAAAGGAGAUAACAAAAUAAGAACCGCCAUUUUUCGGACGAAUAUGUACCAUAAAAGCAAAAAUUUAUGCUGAUAAAUUUUUUAAAAGGCUUACGUCUAUUUUCCCCCCAAACGAUAUUAAUUUGCAAAGUACAAUUUAAUUAUAAAUAACGAUAUAUGUAGAAUAAAGAUAAAACAUUUUUA